AUGAGGGAUGAAAUAACGCUGAAUAACGCUGAACCACAUCAGCGGCAGCGCAGGACAGCACACGGGAGCAGUACAGAGCACAAGAAGGCAGAGCAGAGCACUCGAGGGCAGCGCAGAGCACAUGAGGGCAGCGCAGAGCACACGGGAGCAGUGCAGAGAAAAAGGGAGCAGUGCGGAGCACACGAGGGCUGUGCAGAGAACAUGAGGGCAGUGCAGAGAAAACGGGAGCAGUGCAGAGCACACGAGAACACUGCAGAGCACACGAGGGCAGGCAGCGCAGAGCACACGGGAGCAGUGCAGAGCACACGAGGGCAGCGCAGAGCACACGGGAGCAGUGCAGAGCACACGAGGGCAGCGCAGAGCACACGGGAGCAGUGCAGAGCACACGAGGGCAGCGCAGAGCACACGGGAGCAGUGCAGAGCACACGAGGGCAGAGCAGAGCACACGGGAGCAGUGCAGAGCACACGAGGGCAGCGCAGAGCACACGGGAGCAGUGCAGAGCACACGAGGGCAGCGCAGAGCACACGAGGGCAGCGCAGAGCACACGAGGGCAGCGCAGAGCACACGAGGGCAGCGCAGAGCACACGGGAGCAGUGCAGAGCACACGAGGGCAGCGCAGAGCACACGGGAGCAGUGUAGAGCACACGAGGGCAGCGCAGAGCACACCAGGGCAGUGCAGAGCACACGAGGGUAGUGCAGAGCAUUGGAGAGCAAUGCAGAGCACCCGAGGGCAGUGCAGAGCACACGAGAACACUGCAGAGCACACGAGGGCAGUGCAGAGCACACGAGGACAGUGUAGAGCACACGAGGGCAGUGCAGAGCUUACGAGGGCAGUGCAGAGCACACGAGGACAGUGUAGAGCACACGAGGGCAGUGCAGAGCACACGAGGGCAGCGGAGAACACACAUUGA